AUGCACCCAGUCGCCCUCACUGCCGCCGUGGUACUGGCUCUGGUCAGAAAUGUUGCCUCACAGGUACGAGGCACAGCAACUGUUGACCUCACCAAGGACCAUGGACGAGCACAGGCUCUCGGAUCAGGUUUCAUCUACGGCUGGCCUGAUAACGGGACGCAUGUCGACACGUCGAUUCCAGAUAACUUGGUAACUGACAUAAAGUUCAACGCAAAUCGUGGUGGCGGUGCUCAGAUUCCAUCGUUAGGCUGGGCCAGAGGCGGCUACGAAGGUUACCUUGGCCGCUUCAACUCUACUCUAUCCAAUUAUCGCACCACGCGCAAGUACAACGCUGAGUUCAUCUUGCUACCUCAUGACCUCUGGGGUGCAGAUGGCGGACAGGGUUCUAACUCGCCUUUCCCUGGCGACAACGGUAACUGGACGGAGAUGGAGUUAUUCUGGAACCAGCUGGUGUCUGAUUUGAAGACUCAUGAUAUGCUGAAAGGCCUUGUGAUUGAUGUGUGGAAUGAGCCUGAUAUUGAUAUCUUUUGGGAUCGCUCGUGGCCCCAGUUCCUCGAGUACUAUAAUCGCGCAACAAAGCUCUUGCGAAAGAGACUUCCCGGCACCCUUCUCAGUGGCCCAGCCAUGGCACAUUCUCCCAUUCUGAGCGAUGACAAAUGGCAUACCUGGCUACAAUCAGUAGCUGGCAACAAAACGGAUCCCGAUCAUUUCUCUUGGCAUCAGAUUGGCUCCUGGGAGCGUGAGCCAGACACAACAAUUCCCGACUUUACUACCUUACGGGCGCAAUACGGCGUGCCUGCAAGGCCAGUCGAUGUCAAUGAGUAUGCAGCAGCCGACGAGCAAAAUCCAGCCAACUCCGUCUACUAUCUCUCUCAGUUGGAGCGACAUAAUAUCCGAGGUCUGCGCGCAAACUGGGGUGGCGGAUCUAACCUGCACAACUGGAUGGGUAAUUUGGUCUACAGCACUACAGGGACCUCAGAGGGGACCUACUACCCCAACGGCGAAUGGCAGGUAUACAAAUACUAUGCCGCCAUGACGGGACAGAGAGUCUUGACGAAGGCCUCGACGGACUUGAAGUUUGAUGUAUUCGCUACCAAGGAGGGCCAUAAAGUCAAGAUUCUAGCUGGCACCAGGACUGUCAAAGCAAAGUACAACAUCACGGUCAGUGGUCUGAAGGCAGUGGGGCUUCCUAAGAAGGGGACAGUCAAGGUCCGCACAUAUCGAUUCGACUGGGCCGGGCUGAAUGGAAAGGUUGACGGGCCUGUUGAUCUGGGGAUACAGAGUUAUGCUUAUUCAUCCAACACGUUGACAAUUUCUGUUAACCCGCCGACGAACGCUACUGCAUUUGCUUACGAGUUUUCUAGUUGA